GAAGCGAGCCGGUGGCCUGAAGAGGCGACUGACUGAACCGGGCACCCGGAGAGCCAGGCGGCGCGGCGGGGCGAGCGGGCAGGGAGUUGACAGACGGCGCGGCCGGUGCGGCGAGCGAGCGAGGGAGCGAGCGGGCGGGCUAGUACGGGGCGCAGCCAUGAUCACUUCAGCCGCUGGAAUAAUUUCUCUUCUGGAUGAAGAAGAACCACAGCUUAAGGAAUUUGCACUACACAAAUUGAAUGCAGUGGUCAAUGACUUCUGGGCAGAAAUUUCUGAGUCUGUAGACAAAAUAGAAGUUUUGUAUGAAGAUGAAGGUUUCCGGAGUCGGCAGUUUGCAGCCUUAGUGGCAUCUAAAGUAUUUUAUCACCUGGGGGCUUUUGAGGAGUCUCUGAAUUAUGCACUUGGAGCAGGUGACCUCUUCAAUGUCAAUGAUAACUCUGAAUAUGUGGAGACUAUUAUAGCAAAGUGCAUUGAUCACUACACCAAACAGUGUGUGGAAAAUGCAGAUUUGCCUGAAGGAGAAAAAAAACCAAUUGACCAGAGAUUGGAAGGCAUUGUGAAUAAAAUGUUUCAACGAUGUCUAGAUGAUCACAAGUAUAAGCAAGCUAUCGGCAUUGCUCUGGAGACACGAAGACUGGACGUCUUUGAGAAGACUAUACUUGAGUCGAAUGAUGUCCCAGGAAUGCUGGCUUAUAGCCUCAAGCUCUGCAUGUCUUUAAUGCAGAAUAAACAGUUUCGGAAUAAAGUACUGAGAGUUCUAGUUAAAAUCUACAUGAACUUGGAGAAACCUGAUUUCAUCAAUGUUUGUCAGUGCUUAAUUUUCUUAGAUGAUCCUCAGGCCGUGAGUGAUAUCUUAGAAAAACUGGUAAAGGAAGACAACCUCCUGAUGGCUUAUCAGAUUUGUUUUGAUUUGUAUGAAAGCGCUAGCCAGCAGUUUUUGUCAUCUGUAAUCCAGAAUCUUCGAACUGUUGGCACCCCUAUUGCUUCUGUGCCUGGAUCCACCAAUACGGGUACUGUUCCAGGAUCAGAGAAAGACAGUGACUCAAUGGAAACAGAAGAAAAGACAGGUAGUGUACUUGUAGGAAAGACACCAGAAGUGAGUCCAGAGCCCAAGGAUCAGACUUUGAAAAUGAUUAAAAUUCUAAGUGGUGAAAUGGCUAUUGAGUUACAUCUGCAGUUUUUAAUACGAAACAAUAACACAGAUCUCAUGAUUCUAAAAAACACAAAGGAUGCGGUAAGGAACUCUGUGUGUCACACAGCAACUGUUAUAGCAAACUCUUUUAUGCACUGUGGGACUACCAGUGACCAGUUUCUUAGAGAUAACUUGGAAUGGUUAGCCAGAGCCACUAACUGGGCAAAAUUUACAGCCACGGCCAGUUUGGGUGUAAUUCAUAAGGGUCAUGAGAAGGAAGCAUUACAGUUAAUGGCAACAUAUCUUCCCAAGGACACCUCUCCAGGAUCAGCCUAUCAGGAAGGUGGAGGUCUCUAUGCUCUAGGUCUCAUUCAUGCCAAUCAUGGGGGUGAUAUAAUUGACUAUCUGCUUAACCAGCUUAAGAAUGCCAGCAAUGAUAUUGUUCGACAUGGUGGCAGUCUGGGCCUUGGUUUGGCUGCCAUGGGGACUGCACGCCAGGAUGUGUAUGAUUUGCUAAAAACAAACCUUUAUCAGGAUGAUGCUGUGACAGGGGAAGCAGCUGGCCUGGCCCUAGGUUUGGUUAUGUUGGGCUCUAAAAAUGCCCAGGCUAUUGAGGACAUGGUUGGCUAUGCACAGGAAACUCAACAUGAGAAGAUUCUACGUGGUCUUGCAGUUGGCAUAGCAUUAGUGAUGUACGGAAGGAUGGAGGAGGCUGAUGCUCUCAUUGAAUCUCUCUGCCGUGAUAAGGAUCCAAUUCUUCGACGAUCUGGAAUGUAUACCGUGGCCAUGGCUUAUUGUGGUUCAGGUAACAACAAAGCUAUUCGCCGCCUGCUACACGUUGCUGUAAGUGAUGUUAACGACGAUGUCAGGAGGGCAGCAGUAGAAUCACUUGGGUUCAUUCUCUUCAGGACCCCUGAACAGUGCCCCAGUGUCGUUUCAUUGUUGUCAGAGAGUUACAAUCCUCAUGUGCGUUAUGGAGCUGCAAUGGCCCUGGGCAUCUGCUGUGCUGGUACAGGAAACAAGGAAGCAAUUAAUUUGCUAGAACCAAUGACAAAUGACCCUGUGAACUAUGUGAGGCAAGGAGCUCUCAUAGCUUCGGCUCUCAUCAUGAUCCAGCAGACUGAAAUCACUUGUCCCAAGGUGAAUCAGUUCAGACAGCUGUAUUCGAAAGUCAUCAAUGAUAAACACGAUGAUGUCAUGGCCAAGUUUGGCGCUAUUCUGGCCCAGGGCAUACUGGAUGCAGGUGGACAUAAUGUCACAAUCUCCUUGCAGUCCAGAACUGGGCACACCCAUAUGCCUUCUGUGGUUGGCGUCCUUGUCUUUACCCAGUUCUGGUUCUGGUUUCCUCUUUCACACUUCCUGUCAUUGGCUUAUACCCCUACCUGUGUCAUUGGCCUUAACAAGGACUUAAAGAUGCCGAAAGUUCAAUAUAAAUCAAACUGUAAACCAUCAACAUUUGCAUAUCCUGCCCCUCUGGAAGUACCAAAAGAAAAAGAAAAGGAAAAGGUUUCCACUGCUGUGUUAUCUAUAACUGCCAAGGCUAAAAAGAAGGAAAAAGAAAAGGAAAAAAAGGAAGAGGAGAAAAUGGAAGUGGAUGAGGCAGAGAAAAAGGAAGAAAAAGAGAAGAAAAAAGAACCUGAGCCAAACUUCCAGUUAUUGGAUAACCCAGCCCGAGUUAUGCCUGCCCAGCUUAAGGUCCUAAGCAUGCCAGAGACCUGCAGAUACCAGCCUUUCAAACCAGUUCUUGUAUCUCGAAAACUAGAGAACCAUUAGUAGACAUAUUUAAUACAUUCAAAUCCUGGACCUGUCUCAAAUGUCAUAGACAAGAUUUCUAGAUACUUAUAGAAAAGUAAACCCAUUCUCAUCAGCUUGAAGGUGGUCCCUGAUGGUGGUGACAACUCUUAACCACAAUUGUGAGUCAAGCUCUUACCUGACUAGAUUAUCAGCUAGAGGAGACAAGCGCAGAGGAUGGAAGAUAUUUAGUGGAAGAGCUAGAAUUGGGCGGAACUGAGUUUAUAUUGCAGAUCUGCUGUUUCUUAGCUGUGUAACUGAGACAAGUCAUUUGAUUGCUUCGUCUUUCAGUUUCCUCAUCUAAUAAUUGGGAUGGUGAUGCUACCUACCGCCUAGGAAUAUUGUAAAGAUUAAAUAGGUUGUUAUAUGUGAAACACUUAAAACAACAUGUGGAACAUGGUAAAUCCUCAGUCAGUGAAUAUUACUUGGUGGUGGUGACAAAUCAUCAGCCAUCUGUGGGCAGCAGGCAGUCAGGCCGGGAAAGACGGAAUAGCUUGCAGGUUUUCUCCCAUCUCCGAUUAAUUUUGCAUUACUAGGACCUAAUACUGCUUGGUCUGUAGUGUCGAAUGAAUGAAUUAAUAGAACCACUAAUGGACACAUUAAAUGUAGUCGCUAUCUAAUCUGCAACCCAGCUCGCUAAAGUGACAUGUUUCUGGAGAAUAUAUUCUAACAGCAUCCUUUCAAAACUGCUCAUGCUGGAACAGGUAUAUUAGUACACAACUAGUGAGUACUUUAAGCACACAAAACACCUAGUGAUUUUGACAAUUAUGAAGAACUAAAGAGAGCAAAGUAUAUGCUCAGUGUCAUGAGGCCAUAUGAGGAGACUGGUUUUCCUCAGCUGGAACUUAAAUGAUUGUUAAGCCUUUGCUCAAAAUAAAUCCGAGGAAGCUGUAACAGUUGUUCAUUUACAAGCGAAAAGAUUUCUUCUGUCUGUGCCUGGCUGACUAUUGAAGGUGUGCCCCAAUCACACACAUAGCCCCUCAGCAAAGACUCGGAGACUUAUUGUUCCACGUGUUUAAGGAAAUCCCUGGCUAGUCAUUAGCUGUCCAAUCAGGUAACUGAGAGAAGACUUCAGUGAUCACACACAACAGAAGACACUUUAUAGAAAAGUCACAAAACAGACAACAACAGCAAACCCUGGGGAGAGGUGAGAAUCUGAUUUCCAGAGUUGCCACAUUGUAUUAUUUAAGUGUCCAGUUUUCAACAGAAAAUUAUAAGAUAUACAAAGCAAUAAAACAUGACUCAUACACAGGAAAAAAGCAAUAAAUAAAACUCUCUCUGAGGAAGCCUAGGUGUUGUACAUAAUAGGCAGACUAAAUCAACUAAAAUAUGUUCAAAUAACUAAAGGAACUAUGUCUAUAGAACUAAAGGAAAGUAUAAGAAUGUUAUCUUAACAAAUCAUGAAUACCAGUAAAGAGAUAGAAAUUGUAAAAAAUAAUCAAAUAGACAUUCUGGAUUUGAAAAAUACAAUAACUGAAAUGAAAAAUUUGCUAGAGGAGCUCAACAGCUGAUUCAGGAAGACUUGAGCAAACUUGAAAAUAGGUCAUUUGAGGAACAACAAAAAAAGGGUGAAGAAAAAAUGAACAGACCUGUUAAAAGCCAAGCAUACCAACAUACACAGAAAUGGGCUAAUGGGAGUCCCAAAAAGAGAGAGAAAAUUAUAGAAGAAUAUUUGAAGAAAUAAUGACUGAAAACUUCCAUAAUUUUAUGAAUAACAUUGAUCUACAUAUCCAGGAUGCUCAGUGAAUCCAAGUAAGAUAAAGAGAUCCACACCUAGACACAUCAUAAUCACACUGUUGAAAGACAAAGAAGGAUUCUUUUCUUCUUUUUUUUAACUGAGGUAACAUUGGUUUAUAACAAAUGUAAGUUUUGUGUAUACCACAUUAUAAUUCACCUUCUGUAUACACAGCAGUAUGCUCACCACCAAAACUCUAGUUUCCAUCCAUCACCAUACAAUUGACCCCCCUUUCUCCAUUUCACCCUCCCGCACCCCCCAAGAAGUUACUGUUUUCUCUAUGGUUUUUUUUUUUGCUUUGUUUUGUUUUGCUUGUUCAUUAAUAUUUUUGUUUUAGUCCAUAUAUGAGUGAAAUCGUGGUAUUUGUCUUUCUCCAUCUAACUUAUUUCACUUAGCAUAAUACCCUCAAGGUGUAUCCAUGUUAUUGCAGAUGGCAAGGUUUCAUCCUUUUUUUAUGGCUGAGUAGUAAGUAUUCCAUUGUGUGUGUGUGUGUGUGUGUGUGUGUGUGUGUGUGUGUGUCACAUCUUUUUUAUCCAUUCUUCUAUCGAUGGGCACUUAGGUUGUGUCCAUAUCUUGGCUGUUAUAAAUAAUGCUGCUAUGAACAGAGGGGUACAUAUAUCUUUUCAAAUUAGUGUUUUCAUAUUCCCAGAAGUGGAGUAGCUGGAUCAUUCUUUGAGGAAUCUGCAUACUGUUUUCCACAAUGGCUACAUCCAUUUACAUUUUGACCAACAGUGUACCAGGGUUUCCUUUUCUCCACAUCCUCUCCAACCCUUGUUAUUUUUUGCCUUUUUGAUAAUAGCUGUUCUAAUGGGUAUGAGGUAAUAUCUUGUGGUUUUGAUUGAUUUGCAUUUACUUAAUAAUUAGCAAUGUUGAACAUCUUUUCAUGUGCCUGUUGGCCACCUGUAUCUUCUUUGGAAAAAUAUCUAUUCAACUCCUUUGCGUUUUUUAAAUUUAGUCAUUUGUUUUUUUAUUGGUCAGUUGUAAAUUUCUUUAUAUAUUUUGGAUAUGAACCUCUUGUAUGAUGGAUAUAUGAUUUGCAAAUAUCUUCUCCCAUUUGGUAGGUUUUCUUUUCAUUGAUGGUUUCCUUUGCUGUGGAGAAACUUUUGGUUUAAGGAGUCCCAUUUGUUCAUUUUCACUUUUGUUUCCCUUGUCUGAGGAAACAUAUCCAGACAGAUACUGCUAAAAGCAAUGUCAGAAAGCAUACUGCCUGUGUUUUCUUCUAGGAGUCUUACGGUUUCAGGUCUUACAUUCAAGCCUUUAAUACAUUUUGAGUUAAUUUUUGUGUAUGCUGUAAGAAAGUGGUCUGGUUUCAUUCUUUUGCAUUUGGCUGUCCAGUUUUCACAACACGGUUUAUUGAAGAGACUUUACUUUCUCUACUGUAUGCUCUUGGCUCCUUUGUCGUAAAUUAGUUGUCUGUAUAUGUGGGUUUAUUUCUGAAUGUUCAGUUCUGUUCCAUUGAUCUGUGUGUCUGUUGUGUCUAUUUUUCUGCCGAUACCAUGCUGCUUUGAUUACUACAGCUUUGUAGUAUAAUUUGAAAUCAGGGAGUGUGACACCUCCAGCUUGGUUCUUUUUUCUCAGGAUUUCUUUGGCUAUUCCAGGUCUUCUGUAUUUACAUUUUAAAAUUUAGGAUUUUUUUGGUUCUAUUUCCGUAAAAACAAAUGUCAUUGAGAUUGUGAUAGGGAUUGCAUUGAACCUAUAGAUUGCUUUAGGUAUAUGGACAUUUUAAUAUUGUUAAUUUUUCUAAUUUAUGAGCAUGAAAUGUCUUUCCAUUUCUUUGUAUUUUCAGUUUUGUUCAACAAUGUCUUAUUCAGUUAUCAGUAUAUAGGUUUUUCUCCUCCUUGAUUAAACUUACUCCUAGAUAUUUUAUUCUUUUUGUUGCAAUUGUAAACGGGAUUGUUUUCUUAGUUUCUCUUUCUGCUAGUUCGUUGACUUAUUUCACUGAGCAUAAUACCCUCCAAUUCCAUCCGUGUUGUUGCAAAUGGCACAAUUUCAUUCUUUUUUAUGGCUGAGUAGUAUUCCAUUUAUUCUUUUUUAUUCAUUCACCUGUUUAUGGACGCUUACAUUGCUUCCAUAUCUUGGCUAUUGUAAACAAUGUUGCUGUGAAUAUUGCAGUGCAUAUAUCUUUUCAAAUUAAUGUUCAUUUUCUUCAGAUACAUACCCAGGAGUAGAAUUGCUAGAUCAUCUGGUAGUUCUAGUUUUAGUUUUUUCAGGAACCUCCAUACUGUUGUCCAUAGUGGCUGAACCAGUUUACAUUCCCACCAACAGUGCACAAGGGUUCCCUUUUCUCCACAUCCUUGCCAAUAUUUGUUAUUUGUGGUCUUCAGUAAUUCUUAAGAUUAUGAAGGGAUCCAGAAAAAUUCUUUAUCAGGUGAGUUGGAGUUCAGAAAAUGUGGUCACAGAACUCUAGACCAGAGGGACCCCACCCUGUGGCCCGAGUCUGCUCUCACCCUGUCCCCAGGGUGGCCAGCUCACCACCCACUCCCUGGUCUUUUUUCCUCUUAUCUGAUUUAAAAGACAACUGUACAGUGCAAUAUAAAUUGGUGUUGAUGUGUACACACUGUAUAAAAAUGUAAUUUGCAUUAAAAUAUGUCUUAGUCUGUUCUGGCUGCUAUAGCAAAUUGCCACCUACUGUUUAAGACUGGGUGGCUUAAACAACAAAUCUUUCUUUCUCACAGUUCUGAGACUAGAAGUCCAAGAACAGGGUGCCAGCAUGAGCAAGUUCUUGGUAAAGGCCAUCAUCCCAGCUUAUAGACAGCCCACUUCUCAUUGUAUCCUCACAUAGCAGAGAAAGACAAAGCAAACUCUCUUCAUGUUUCUUCUUAUAAGGGCAUGAAUUUCAUUCCUGAGGGCUUUGCCUUCAUGACCUAAUUGCAUCCUAAAGACCCAACUUCUCAUACCAUUACACUUUGUGGGGGUGGGGUAGGAUUUCAACAUAUGAAUUGGGGGAGGGGACACAACAUAUAGGUAUGUUUGGCACAUACGUGAGCCAUACAGAACCAUGUCUGGCACACAGUAUGUGUAUACUAAAGUUGGAUAUUGUUAUGAUUCUUACUAUAUAGGGCAAAUAAAUUUCUAUCUGUUUAAUCAAAAAAAGGGGAAAGACUCAAAUUACUAAAAUCAGGAAACAAAGAGGAGACAUUACUACCAGCCUUACACAUUACUACCAACCUUACAAAAAUAAAAGGAUUAUGAGAGUAUACUGUGAAUAACUAUAUGUCAACAAAUUAGGUAAUUUAGAUGAAAUUGACAAAGUCCUAGAAAGACACAAACUACUACAACUGACUCAAGAAGAAAUAGUAAAUCUGAAUAGAUAUAUAACAAGUAAAGAGAUUGAAUUAAUAAUCAGGAAGCUAUAAAGAAAAGCCCAGGGCCAGAUGGCUUCACUGGUUAAUUCCAUCAAAUGUUUAAAGAAAAAAUAGCACCAAUCCUUUACAAACUGCUCUUAAAAAAUACAAGAGGAGGAAACACUGCCAAACUUAUUCUGUGUGGCCAAUAUUACUCUGUAGUGAAACCACGCAAAGACAUUACAAGGAAAAAAAACUACAGAGCCAAUAAUUAAUGUUCACAAAUUGGAAAAUUUAGUAUUACUCAAGAUGGCAGUACUCCCCAAUUUGAUCUAUAGAUUCAACACAGUCCUUAUCAAAAUCCCAGGUAACUUUAUUUUGCAGAAAUAUACAAACUGAUCCUAAAAUUCACAUGGAAAUACAGGGGACCCAGAAUAGCCAAAACAAUCUUGAGAAAGAAGAGCAGAGUUGGAAGAAUCACACUUCCCAAUUUCAAAACUUACUACAAAGCUACAGUAAUCAAAACUGGUAUUGGCAUAAGGAUAGACAUCCAGAUAAAUGACUUUAAAUUGAGAGUCCAAAAAUUUAUGGUCAAUAUGACUUUUUUUUUAAUUGAAGUAUAGUUGAUUUACAAUGUUGUAUUAGUUUCAGGUAUACAUACAGCAAAGUGAUUCAGUUAUACAUUUAUGUAUAUAUCUACUCUUUUUCAGAUUCUUUUCCAUUAUAGGUUAUUAUAAGAUGUUGGAUGUAGUUCCCUGUGCUAUCCAGUAGGUCCUUGUUGUUUAUCUCUUUUAUAUAUAGUAGUGUGUAUCUGUUAAUCCCAAACUCCUAAUUUAUCCCCCCCCACACCCUUUCCCCUUAAUUUAUCCCCCCCCCAACACCUUUCCCCUUUGGUAACCGUAAGUUUGCUUUCUACAGUAUUAUCUGAGUAUACUUCUGUUUUGUAAAUAAAUUUGUACCGUUUUUUUAGAUUCCACAGAUAAGUGAUAUGAUAUUAUAUUUGUCUUUGUCUAUCUGACUUUCUUCACUGAGUAUACGAUAAUCUCUUGGUCCAUCCAUGUUGCUGCAGAUGGCAUUAUUUCAUUCUUUUUUAUGGCUGAGUAAUAUUCCUGUGUGUGUGUGUGUGUGUGUGUGUGUGUGUGUGUACACAUAUAUAUACCACAUCUUUAUCCAUUCAUCUGUCAGUGGGCAUUUAGGUUGCUUCCAUGUCUUGGCUAUUGUAAAUAGUGCUGCUAUGAGCAUUGGGGUGCAUAUAUCUUUCUGAAUUAGUUUUUGUCUUUUCCAGAUACAUGCCCAGGAGUGAGAUUACAGGAUUAUAUAGUAACUCUGUUUUUAGUUUUUUAAGGAGCCUCCAUAGUGUUCUCCAUAGUGGCUGCACCAAUUUAUAUUCCCACCAACAGUGUAGGAGGGUUCCCUUUUUUCCACACUCUCUCCAGCAUGUAUUAUUUGUAGUUUUUUUUGAUGAUGGCCAUUCUCACCUGCGUGAGGUGAUAGCUCAUUGUAGUUUUGAUUUACAUUUCUCUAAUAGUUAGUGAUGCUGAGCAUCUUUUCAUGUGCCUGUUGGCCAUCUGUAUGUCUUCUUUGGAGAAAUGUCUAUUUAGGUCUUCUGCCCAUUUUUUGAGUGGAUUGUUUGUUUUUUUGAUAUUGAGCUGUAUAAGCUGUUUAUUUUAGAAAUUAAUCCCUUGUCAGUCACAUCAUUUGCAAAUAUUUUCUCUUAUUUUGUAUGCUAUCUUUUUGUUUUAUAGUUUCCUUUGCUGUGCAAAAGCUUUUAAGUUUAAUUAGGUCCCAUUUGUGUAUUUUUGCUUUUGUUUCCAUUACUCUAGGAAAUGGAUCUAAAAAAAAAUUUGCUGCGAUUUCUGUCAAAGAGUGUUCUGCCUGUGUUUUCCUCUAGAAGUUUUAUAGUAUCCGGUCUUACGUUUAGGUCUUUAAUCCAUUUUAUGGUCGAUUGGUUUUCUUCAAUGGGGAAAGAAUAGUAUUUUCAAGACAUGGUGCUUAAGACAACUGGCUAUCCAUAUGCAAAAGAAUUAAAUUGGAUCCCUACCUUACAGCAUAUAUAAAAAUUAAUUGAAAAUGGAUCAAAGACUUAAAUAUAAGAGCUAACACUAUAUAAACCCUAUCUGUAAAUCUUUAUGAUCUUGGAUUAGGCAGUGUUUUCUCAUAUGUGACAUCUAAAGCAGAAGCAACCGCAAAAAAAAGAUAAAUUGGACUUAAUCAAGUUAAAAACUUUUGUGUUACGAAAGACACUAUCAAGAAAGUGGAAAAAAACCCCAGAGAAUAGAAAAUAUUUUCAAAUCACAUACCUGAUAAGAGACUUAUACCCAAAUACAUUUUUUAAAACUCUUAAAACUCAAUGAUUUUUUAAAAAAUGUAUAUUUUAAAUGGGCAAAGGAUUUGAAUAGACAUUUCUCCAAAGAAGAUUUACAAAUGGCCAAAAGCACAUGAAAAGAUGCUCAACAUCAUUCAUCAUUAGGGAAAUGGAAAUCAGAACCACAAGGAGAUACUUCACAAUACCCUAGGAUGGCUAUAAUCAAAAAGACAAUAGGGGCUUCCCUGGUGGCACAGUGGUUGAGAGUCUGCCUGCCGAUGCGGGGGAUGCGGGUUCGUGCCCCGGUCCGGGAGGAUCCCGCAUGCCGCGGAGCCUGCGCGUCCGGAGCCUGUGCUCCACAACAAGGAGAGGCCACAGCAGUGAGAGGCCCGCGUACCGCAAAAAAAAAAAAAAAAAAAAAAAAAGACAAUAGGUUU